AUGGUUCGCCUUUCCCUCUUCACCUGUCUUGUAUUCAUUGGCUUGAGCAUGGUUAUUGCGAAAAAUGAGGUUAAAUUUCGUCAUAACAAUCAAAAACGACUUUCUCGAAAUAAUGAACAAUUUCGAGGUUUACGCAGUCUUAUAGGAGAACUCAUUGAUACAGAAGCAAAUGCUAUAUAUAAUCUAGAUGGACAAAAAAAACAAUUUUUACCAUUGAAUUCUGAGGAAUCAUCAACAAUGGCUUCAUCCGCACCGAUCCACCUACCAAAACAAAGUGAAAUGGCCUGUCUUGCAGCUUGUCAUACAUGUCUCGAAGGUCAAUCAAUUGUAAGCCGUAAGAAGAAAGAUGAUGAUGAUAAUAACUGUGGCCCAAUGUGUGAUUGCGCUGACAGCUGUUUCUAUAUGCCAGUCGAACAAGUUAAAAGCAUAUAUGGUCCAAUAUCAAGUGUUCGUAAUGGUAAAGAUUGUUGGUCGAGAACCUAUCAUGAAAUACUCAAUAGUGGAAAAUAA